GCCAGCGUCUUCUUAAGUACCAAAAGUCUAAAUAGAACUAAAUAGAAACAAUUUUCUAAUAACACGAUUUAGUAAUUGCUCGAAUUUACAAUGUCGGCUUCCGACUUGAAUAAAACUCGCGAAAAUCGCGAAUGUUUCGCAUAUUCUAAAUUUUAGUGUUCGAAACGAAUCUACGAAACGCUAAAACAUGAUUGUGUUAAGAAACACAUAAUAGGAAUAAUAAUAUUUAAGUUAUUUAAAAAUUAAGUGAAUAGUGUUUUUGAUUGAUAAUUGGGUAUUAAAGUUGAACCGACUCGACUGUAAAUACGUUAUUGUGUUGUUACGUACGGACGUUUUCGCAGUUCCGAUGAUUUAAAUUUUUGAAUCGUUCCGAGCAUUUUUUUACGGGGUCCAACGGGGGCGCUAAUGAAAGUUCCAUUUUGAUAUCGCACUCGAGGGAUGCUCUAAAAUGGAUCAUUGCGAACAGAAAAAGCGGAAACGCAAUCCCCGCGAGACGGCCAAUAUUUUCUCACUUCUGACUUUCUCAUACACCGCCAGUUUGUUUAAGAAAGGCUACAAAAACGGCGAUCUCGAAGAAGACGAUCUCUACGAAGUGUUGAGGCCGUUGAAAUCUUCGAAAUGCGGAGACCUAACCGAGAAACAUUGGCGAUUGGUCAACAAAAACAAAUUGAACAAAUCCCCUUCGAUAUACCGGCUCAUGUGGGCCCGAUUCGGAUUGAGGUAUCUCGCCAUGGGAUUAAUUCACGUCUGCUGGAAAAUUUUCAACAGCGUCGUGGAACCUUGGGCUAUAAGCAACCUAAUAGCCUAUUUCAAGCCGGGCCAAAUUACGAUGACAAAAGCAGAGGCUUAUUAUUACGCAGCGUUGGUAUUAAUCCUUCAUUUAUUCUACACAAUCUACAUACACAAUUACGGUAUUUGGGUGCAACAGCUCGGCGUCGAGAUAAAGACCUCGUUUUCGUCGCUUUUGUACAGGAAAGCUCUGAGAUUAACGCCCAAUGCCGUGUCCGAAAUAACCCUCGGCAAUAUCGUUACUCUCAUCACCAAAGAUGUCUACGCUUUUCAACAAGCCAUUUGGAUAUUCAAUGAUGGAUGGAUCGCUAUUGUUCAAACCACCAUUAUUUGCUAUUUGUUGUACGCUAAAAUAGGAGUGGUGGCCUUUAUUGGAAUAGGAGUAGUGAUGAGUAUUUUACCUCUGCAAGUUAUCAUCGGAUUAUAUGUGAACAAAAUGAGGCUAGCAGCAGGAGCGAAAACUGACCUACGGUUGCAGGUGUUGCAGGAAACGUUGUCUUCGAUUAGGAUCAUUAAAAUGUACAAAUGGGAGGAGUAUUUCAGGAAUAAAAUCGAUCACUCGCGAUUAGUAGAAAUCAACAAAAUGAUGAUCGGUUUCUACUUGAAAAUGGUGAUUUUUCUACUGGGAGUGCUGUUUUCGAAAAUCGGCUUCUAUGUAUUGGUGAUAUCCUGCAUAUGGAUGGGAGUUUCGACGGAAGCCGAAAUAAUCUUUUACCUACUAUCCAUUUUUAAGGACCUCAAACACAGUUUGGGUGUGAUAAUACCGCACAGCAUUGGAAGGGGUGCUGAAUUGUUUUCCGCCAUAUCCAGAAUCAACAAAGUCAUUAGAGGCGAGGAAUUACCACCCAAAAUUGGAUCCGACGCUCCUACCGAUAACCCUUGUAUCGAAUUAAAGGAAGCGACUGUUCACAUCCGAGAUAAAUGCAUUCUCAAAGAAAUCAACCUGAGCAUCAAUAAAGGAUUGGUGCUGGUGACGGGAACCGUGGGUUCCGGGAAAAGCUCGUUGUUGAAGACUUUCCUGCAGGAUUAUCCUCUAAACAGCGGUCACAUAUUAACAUUCGGAAGGAUCUCUUACGCCUCGCAGGAUCCCUGGCUGUUUCCCUCGUCUAUAAAGCAAAAUAUCGUGUUCGGGGAGGAAUACAACGAAAAAAGAUACAAAGAAGUGGUGAGAGUUUGCGCCCUGGAGUACGAUUUGAGCCUCUUCGAGAGAGGAGACGAAACGAUAGUCACCGACAAAGGAUUGAAUUUGAGCAAAGGUCAACAAGCAAGAGUAAAUUUAGCGAGAGCCGUGUACAAAGAAAGCGAAAUUUACCUUCUCGACGACUCUUUGACUGCAUUGGACGCGCACGUGCAAGACUACAUAUUCAAAGAGUGCAUCAAAACGUUCCUCAACGACAAAAUCUGCAUAAUGGUGACCCAAACGGUGGGCCACAUCCAGGAGGCGGACAAAGUAUUAAUAAUGAACGAAGGCCGGAUCAAAUACAACGGACCGCCGACGGAGAGGGUCAUCAAGGAAAUCAACGAGAUCGUCGUGGAAGACGACGAUCUCGAAAAGGAAGUCAUCGAAAACGAAAAGAACGAUAUCAAAAAAAUGAACGGCGACGCCAAGCCGAGCGAACCCUUCGAAACCGAACGAAUCACCAAAACGAAAGUCUACGGGGAGGUCAACAAGAAGGGCGAAGUCGAUUUCUCGACCUACAAAAAGUAUAUCAUGUUUGGAGGUGGUUUCAUACUGAUGUCGAUUAUUGUACUAUUGUUUGGGUUGACGCAGGGAGCUGAAAGCUACUCGGAUUCUCUGCUAACCAAGUGGGUUGAUCAACAGCAAAUAGCAUUAAAUCUAGAAAAAAAUUCGUCUCUGUACAACGCUACAUUCACAGAAUACGAGGAAUUAGCAACGGCGAGAGCCAACGAAAAAUACACGAUAAAGUUGUAUUCGAUAAUGAUUCUGGUGGCGACGUUGUUGGUGUUGAUAAAAGUGUACGGGAUUUACGAUUUUUGCAGAAGGGCUUCCAUAAAUAUACACAAGGCUAUGGUGAAGUGUAUAGUGUACGCUCUUAUGGCGUUCUUCGACACUCAUUUUAUCGGAAACAUAUUGAAUAGGUUCUCGCAGGAUAUGACUAACAUCGACGAGCAUUUGCUGCUAAUUUUGACUGAAUGCAUUAGGGUAACCUUCGCCAUUGCUGGAAUAGUUAUUCUCAUAGCAACGGUUAAUCCGUACUUUUUGAUAAUCGCUCUGAUAUUUUUCUCGUUCCUGCUUUUCCUGAGAAAAUUGUAUUUACCGACAGGAAGGAGUUUGAAACGAUUGGAAGCCGCCUCACGAAGUCCAAUGAUAGGCCACCUAAAUGCUUCCCUAGAAGGCUUGACUACUAUAAGAGCUUACAAAGCCCAAAAUAUUUUAAUACAGGAAUUCGACAGGCACCAAGAUGUCUUCACAUCAGCUCAUUUCACAUCUCUUCUAUCCAUGAGAGCAUUCGGAUUUAUAAUGGACUUCUUGUGCUCCAUUUUUAUUAUGAUCGUUGUAAUCAGGUUUAUUCUUGUUGACACAGGUACAAGCGCUGGAAACGUCGGUCUAACAUUGACCCAGAUAUUCAUGCUUGCUGGGCUGGUUCAAUGGGGCGUACGAACUUGGGCGGAUCUGGAAAACUUAAUGACCUCGGUAGAGAGGCUUCUGGAGUACACCGAAAUACCGGAGGAGACGAAAGAUGGCAAAGAAAUGGAGGAUUGGCCGAAAAACGGCGCGAUAACCUACAAAAACGUUUCGUUGACCUACAAUCAAACGGAAACCGUUCUGAAAGAUUUGACUUUCAGAAUAGAACCCAAACAGAAAAUCGGGAUAGUGGGAAGGACAGGCGCCGGGAAAUCGUCGAUAAUCUCCACGAUUUUCCGAUUAUACGAACCCGAUGGGAACAUUCUCAUAGACGGCGUCGACAUCAAAACGCUAUCGUUAAAAUUCCUGCGAAAGAAACUAGCUAUAAUACCCCAAGAUCCGGUCCUUUUCACCGGCACCAUUCGCUCCAAUAUCGACCCGAUCGGGGAGUUUAAAGACGACGAACUGUGGAACGUGCUCGAUGAGGUCAACAUCAAAAACAUAAUCCCUACACUAGAUAUGAAGAUAACCAGCAGCGGCGGUUCGAAUUUCAGUUCUGGCCAGAAGCAGCUCAUUUGCCUGGCUAGGGCUAUUUUGAGGAAAACCAAAAUAGUCGUUCUGGACGAAGCUACUGCGAAUAUGGACCACGAAACGGACAUGCUGCUGCACAACACGAUACAGAAGAACUUUGCAUCUUGCACCGUGCUGACGAUAGCCCAUAGAUUGCAUUCUAUAUUAGUUUGUGAUAAGGUUAUGGUCUUGGAUAGGGGACAGAUAAAGGAAUUCGAUGCUCCCAGGAAUUUGCUGAAAAACAAAGGGGGUAUUUUCUACAAAAUGGUCAGCCAAGCCGGUUUGUUAAACUAUUUGCCGGACUGAACAGUUGCGGAUGUGUGAAAUGGAAAAUAGCUUCUCGAUAGUUAUUUAUUUUGUAAAUAUUUUAAAAUAAAACGUAUUUUUUUAAGACUUUAAUUGGGUACCUGCUAGUAAUGUGAAGGAGAUUGUUAGAAUUUAGUUGCGAAAAUAAAUUAUAA